UAUAAAGUGCCAAGUACGAGGGGUGGAAGAAGCAGUCGUGCUAAAAACGUUGGUGGGUGCACAAGUCAAAAUAAUUAUAGAGUAAUAAAAAAUAGUUGAUAAUUGAUAUCAAAAUGGGAAAAUUAAAAACUUUCUCUGGAACAUUAUUGCUAAUUUUUGCAAUACUUGCGGACAUUGCUAAUUCUGCACAAAUUUCACCUACAAGUUUGAUCACGUUCCAAAAUCGGGAACAAUUAGAUAACGAGGGGAAAGUCUGGUUAGGGUGGGAAUUUGAUAAUGAAACGGAUUUAAUUCUUUUCGAGAUGGAGGUGGAAACCACGGGGUAUGUUGGGUUAGGGAUUAGCCCGUCGUCUAGCAUGGCGGGCGCGGAUAUCUUCAUAGCUGGAGUUUUCGAUAAUGGGACGAGUUACGGGAUGGACUGUAUCGGAAUUGGUUUUACCAGACCAAAACCAGACUUACAUGCCGACUGGGUUUUGGACGGUGCUAUUGAAGCCGUGGGGAAAACGUUUCUUAAAUUUUCUCGUCUUAUCAAUACCUGUAACGAUGAAGAUUAUCCGAUCGGGGUUGACACUACCCGACUUAUCUGGGCUUAUGGGGACACGGACGAUAUCGCUUAUCAUACAAUGGCACGACGCGGAGCGAAAGCGGUUAAUCUUAUCGGAACACCGAUUCCAGACUUGGAUCUGGAAGGCUUAUCUAAAUGGGAGAUGACAGUUGACGUCGAAAUGCCGUCGUUGGAUACGACGUAUUGGUGCAGUUAUCAUAAAGGGCCGGUUUUAGUGACGAAACACCACGUGGUUGGGUUCGAUGCACUUCUUGACAAUAUCGCCGCGCUUGCGCAUACGCAUCACUUCAUUUUGAAAAAUUGUUACCUGCCCCGUAACCAUAAUGAGACGCUUGACGAAGUCUUUGGACCCUACACCGUCGACGCUGGGUACGAUGGAGGUCAUUGUUACGAUCCAGAAUCAACCAUCCCGCCUCUAGAGCAAUAUUGUUCGCAAGAUCUUUUCGUAUGGGCGAAGGGUGGAAAGAUAAUGACCUUCCCUGCCAAUGUCGGAUAUCCCCUCGGUGAAGGUGAAAAUGCCGGAAAACAGCUGUACUACAUGCUCGAAAUCCAUUACGAUAACCCCGACGAGGUGGCAGGGUUAAAGUUCAAGACGGGAGUGCAAUUUUACUACACGGACGAGAUAAGACAACAAGACGCCGGUCUUCUAGCGGUCGGACAUAUGACUAAUCCCAUCUUAACGAUUCCACCAAACGUGGAUGAUUUCGUACUUAUGGGGCAAUGUGAUCCUUCCUGUACAGAAUGGGGUAUUAAACCAGAAGAAGGCGUCACAAUUUUCAAUGCACUCCUCCAUGCCCAUAUUUCAGGUCGAAAACUGAAAUUGCGGCACUUCCGUGGUGCCGUCGAACUUCCUUGGAUCGAUUACGAUGAUCACUAUGAUUUCGACUACCAGCAAAAUAAACCGAUUCCUGGAACCCAACUCCUUCCAAGAGAUCGCCUGAUUUAUGAAUGCACGUAUUCAUCAAAAUGGACCGACAACACCGCCGUCGUGGGUGGAAUGUCGUCCCGUGAAGAAAUGUGCAUCACGUUUUUGUGGUACUAUCCCAGACAAGAUAUGACGCAAUGCUUCUCACAAACCCCAUUUGCCGUCCAUACCGCUGAUUUCGGAAUUACACGAGUUCACGAUGAAGAUGCCAAAGGUGGGCCACAAAUGUUUAUCGAUGAACCUGCCUAUAUGGCUGGACAGUAUCGGUAUACGAUCUCCCUGUUUAACAAUUGGACCGAGUCAUUUGUCGAGCAGUAUCAGUAUAAUCACAGAUACUUACCUCAUGAAGGGUCUUGCGUACAAGAGGAUGGACAGUAUCUUAUCGUCGAUGAGACAUCUUAUCCUGAAGGAAUGAUUAAAUAUGUUCCGAAGGAUGUUUGCGAACCGGGAUCAGAACCGACCACGGUUACCCAACCAGAAACUACUCAGUCUCCAACUACUCAGUCUCCAACUACUCAGUCUCCAACCUCUCUAACUCCUCCACAAACCGCACCCACACAACCACAAACAACUAUGACUCAGCAACAGACAACCCCCACCCAAGCGUCAACAACUGUAACUUUACCUACAUCAACAGAACCGCAAGGUGGGGUUGCAAGUGGUAUCGCAACUGCCAAAAUAGGAAGUAUGGUUGCUAUACUUACGUACAUUGUUUUGUAACUUUAUUGGUAUAUUAUUUAGAUUAAAGUAAAUAAAUGCAGAUUUAAAUUCUAAAAA